AUGACACAUCCAUGCCGAUCAAACCCAUGUCUGGCCAAUGCCACACCUCCUCCAGGUUCUCCAGGGGAGCAGACAACCUCCAAUGCCAAGACAACGUCCAAUGGCACACCUUCCCCAGGAGACCAGACAAAGUUCAAUGCCACACCUUCUCCACGGGAGCAGACAUCCUUCAAGUAUCUAAAACUGAAUCCAAAGUACAAAACGAUCAAUGAUGAGGAGGAGUGUCUCUCUCAAGCUUCAACUGGCGCAGACACUGUCGUUGAGGCAUCUUUCAAGUUCAUGAUAUAUGAUCAAUCCAACGGAAAGCAUAGGGAGCAGCUAGGUUCGCAUUUUAGCAGAAAUUUGCUUUAUGGACUGGCAGUGCCCAGUUCUCAAGCAAUUGCGGUUGGGCUGGACUACUGUAGCUAUAGCGUUGAAUUGGGCUGGGCUGAGUGUGCAACCAAAACCGUGCCGGUGCAUCACCUCGGCGCCGGCCAGCAGCUGCCGCAUGAUGCGUCCCGCCUCGGCCUCCGGGUACGGCCGUUCCCCGCGGUCUGCCAUGCGGAACGCGACGAGCGAGGGGUGGCCCCCGCCGGCCGCCACGAAGCAGGUCUCGCGCAGGACGUCGGCGGCCCAGCUCCUGCGGUGCAGGGACUUGACGGCGACGGCCUGGCCCGUGGCGCGGUGCCGUGCCGUGACGACGAUGCCGCACUCACCCUGGCCGAGCGCCCGAGCCUGCGCCCGUCCUAUUUGUAUCAGCGGGCGUUGGCCAUGUGCCGCUUCCGCCCGCAGGCCCUGGGCCUACUCUCAGGCGGCGGCGGCGGCGGCGACGACGACGUCGUCGACCAUCGCGGAGAUGGCAGCGGCUCGCCAGGCGCUGAUCGCCGUGCCGGUGCGGCGGUGUUCUUGGAUCACGUCGCAGAGCGCCGCGACCCGCAUGUAGUCUAG